AAAGGGAGGCAUCCGAUGAAAUCCGUCUUUUCGGGUCGCUCCCGGAGCCGAGAUGCCGUUUUGAGAUCUCACCACUUUCGUUCUGAGGGAUUCCGAGCCAGCCCUCGACAUCUUAGAAGGAGGGCCGCGGCGGCGGCGGCGGCGGCGGCUGCCCGCCUGGAGGAGGUCAAGCCCGUGGUGGAAGUUCACGCCCAGAGCGAGCCAGAAGCCGCAGCGAGGAAACGAAGAAUCAAGAAAACCAGCCGCGUCCCGCCGGAGUUUUAUCACUCUGUUCAAGGCGCUUCGACCCGAAGGCCCAGUUCCGGGAACGCAUCCUAUCGCUGCUCGAUGUCUUCCUCUGCGGAUUUUUCCGAUGAGGAGGAUUUCAGCCAGAAAUCUGGCUCGGCAUCUCCAGCUCCGGGAGACACCUUACCCUGGAAUUUGCCUAAACAUGAGAGGUCAAAGAGAAAGAUUCAAGGGGGCUCAGUGCUGGACCCAGCCGAGAGGGCAGUGCUCAGGAUAGCAGAUGAACGGGACAAAGUUCAGAAGAAAACGUUUACAAAAUGGAUAAAUCAGCAUCUCAUGAAGGUUCGAAAACAUGUGAACGACCUGUACGAAGACUUACGGGAUGGACACAAUUUGAUCUCUCUUUUAGAGGUUCUUUCAGGAGAUACCUUGCCCAGAGAGAAGGGCCGGAUGCGGUUUCACAGGCUGCAGAAUGUACAGAUUGCACUUGACUAUCUGAAAAGACGCCAGGUGAAAUUAGUGAAUAUUAGAAAUGAUGACAUAACAGAUGGAAAUCCCAAGUUGACAUUGGGACUGAUAUGGACAAUAAUUUUGCACUUUCAGAUAUCUGAUAUCCAUGUUACUGGAGAGUCCGAGGACAUGUCUGCAAAAGAGAGAUUGCUCCUGUGGACACAGCAGGCAACAGAGGGUUAUGCUGGGAUGCGGUGUGAAAAUUUCACGACCUGCUGGAGAGAUGGAAAACUAUUUAAUGCCAUCAUUCAUAAAUACAGGCCGGACCUGAUAGACAUGAGCACGGUCGCUGUUCAGAGCAACCUGGCAAACUUAGAGCAUGCUUUUUAUGUAGCGGAAAAAAUUGGGGUUAUAAGACUUCUGGAUCCUGAGGAUGUUGAUGUCUCCUCACCUGAUGAGAAGUCAGUAAUAACUUACGUGUCAUCUCUCUAUGAUGCAUUUCCCAAAGUCCCUGAGGGUGGCGAAGGCAUCAGUGCUAAUGAUGUUGAAGUCAAAUGGAUCGAGUACCAGAAUAUGGUGAACUACCUCAUCCAGUGGAUUAGACACCACGUGGCCACUAUGUCUGACAGAACAUUUCCUAAUAACCCUGUGGAAUUAAAGGCACUUUAUAAUCAGUAUUUACAGUUUAAAGAAACAGAAAUUCCACCAAAGGAAAUGGAAAAAUCAAAAAUUAAACGCUUAUAUAAACUGUUAGAGAUUUGGAUAGAAUUUGGACGCAUCAAACUCCUGCAAGGUUAUCAUCCAAAUGACAUAGAAAAAGAGUGGGGGAAACUCAUCAUCGCCAUGCUUGAGAGGGAGAAAGCACUGCGCCCAGAAGUGGAAAGGUUGGAAAUGUUACAGCAGAUUGCCCAGCGAGUUCAGAGGGACAGUGUUAUCUGUGAGGACAAAUUGAUACUCGCCCGGAACGCCCUCCAGUCUGAUUCUAAAAGAUUGGAAUCAGGGCUGCAGUUCCAGAAUGAAGCAGAAAUUGCCGGAUAUAUACUUGAAUGUGAGAACCUUUUACGCCAGCAUGUAAUUGAUGUGCAGAUUCUUAUAGAUGGAAAAUAUUACCAGGCAGAUCAGUUAGUACAGAGGGUAGCAAAGCUCCGAGAUGAAAUUAUGGCCUUAAGGAAUGAAUGUUCUUCUGUGUAUAGUAAAGGGCGCCUGCUGACGACGGAACAGACAAAGCUCAUGAUAUCAGGAAUCACUCAAAGUUUAAACUCAGGAUUUGCACAGACCUUAAAUCCCUGCCUGAACUCGGGUCUGACCCAGAGUUUAACACCUUCCCUGACUUCUUCCAGCAUGACCUCAGGCCUGUCCUCAGGCCUGACUUCCCGCCUGACUCCAUCGGUUACUCCAGCUUACACACCUGGUUUCCCAUCAGGGUUAGGCCCAAAUUUCAACUCAGGAGUAGAAACAAAUUCAUUGCAAACUCUCAAGUUGAUGCAGAUCCGAAAACCCCUUCUAAAGUCGUCUUUGCUGGAUCAGAAUUUAACAGAAGAGGAAGUAAACAUGAAAUUUGUUCAGGAUCUUUUGAAUUGGGUGGAUGAGAUGCAGGUGCAGCUGGACCGUACUGAAUGGGGAUCAGAUUUGCCAAGUGUUGAAAGCCAUUUAGAAAACCAUAAAAAUGUUCACAGAGCUAUUGAGGAAUUUGAAUCUAGCCUUAAGGAAGCUAAACUCAGUGAGAUCCAAAUGACGGCACCUCUUAAAUUAACUUAUGCAGAGAAGUUGCACAGACUAGAGAGUCAGUAUGCAAAACUCCUGAAUACAUCCAGAAACCAAGAACGACACCUUGAUACACUCCAUAAUUUUGUAACUCGAGCAACCAAUGAACUUAUUUGGUUGAAUGAAAAGGAAGAGGAAGAAGUUGCCUAUGAUUGGAGUGAAAGAAAUACCAACAUACCUCGGAAGAAAGAUUACCAUGCUGAAUUAAUGAGAGAACUUGAUCAAAAGGAAGAAAAUAUUAAAUCCGUUCAGGACAUAGCAGAGCAGUUACUUCUGGAAAACCACCCAGCACGAUUAACUAUUGAGGCCUACCGAGCAGCCAUGCAGACGCAGUGGAGCUGGAUCUUACAGCUCUGCCAGUGCGUGGAGCGGCACACCAAGGACAACACUGCGUAUUUCGAGUUUUUCAGUGAUGCCAAAGAAGCUACCGAUUACUUACGAAAUCUAAAGGAUGCCAUUCAGCGCAAGUACAGUUGUGAUCGAUCAAGCAGCAUUCACAAACUCGAAGACCUUGUUCAGGAAUCAAUGGAAGAGAAAGAAGAACUUUUGCAGUAUAAAAGCACAGUAGCCAGCCUGAUGGGGAGAGCCAAAACAGUAGUUCAGCUGAAGCCACGGAAUCCUGACUGUUCGCUCAAGACUUCUAUUCCGAUUAAAGCUAUCUGUGACUACCGACAAAUCGAGAUAACUAUUUUCAAAGAUGAUGAAUGUGUAUUGGCAAACAACUCUCAUCGCGCAAAAUGGAAGGUCAUUAGUCCGACUGGGAAUGAAGCUAUGGUGCCCUCUGUGUGCUUCACAGUUCCUCCACCGAACAAAGAAGCAGUUGACUUUGCAAACAGGAUUGAGCAGCAGUAUCAAAAUGUCCUGGCCCUCUGGCACGAGUCUCACAUAAACAUGAAGAGUGUAGUAUCCUGGCACUAUCUUGUCAGUGAAAUCGAUAGAAUUCGAGCUAGCAACGUGGCUUCAAUAAAGACAAUGUUACCCGGUGAACAUCAGCAAGUUCUGAGCAAUCUACAAUCUCAUUUUGAAGAUUUCUUGGAAGAUAGCCAGGAAUCUCAAGUAUUUUCAGGCUCAGAUAUAACCCAAUUGGAGAAGGAAGUUAAUGUCUGUAAGCAGUACUAUCAAGAACUUCUGAAAUCUGCAGAAAGAGAGGAGCAAGAGGAAUCAGUUUACAAUCUCUACAUCUCUGAAGUUCGAAACAUUAGACUUAGAUUAGAGACCUGUGAAGAUCGUUUAAUCAGACAGAUCCGAACUCCAUUGGAAAGAGAUGAUUUGCCUGAAAGUGUAUUCAGAAUUACAGAGCAGGAGAAACUAAAGAAAGAGCUGGAGCGACUUAAAGAUGAUUUGGGAACAAUCACAAAUAAAUGUGAAGAGUUUUUCAGCCAAGCAUCAACUUCUCCAUCAGUUCCGACCUUACGAUCUGAGCUCAGCGUGGUUGUUCAGAACAUGAACCAAGUCUAUUCCAUGUCUUCCACUUAUGUAGAAAAGUUGAAAACUGUUAAUUUGGUGUUGAAAAACACUCAAGCUGCAGAAGCCCUUGUAAAGCUCUAUGAAGCUAAAUUAUGUGAAGAAGAAGCAGUUAUAGCUGACAAGAAUAAUAUUGAAAAUCUCAUAAGUACUUUAAAGCAAUGGAGGUCUGAGGUAGAUGAAAAAAGGGAGGUGUUCCAUGCCUUAGAGGACGAGUUGCAGAAAGCUAAAGCCAUCAGUGAUGAAAUGUUUAAAACGUACAAAGAACGAGACCUUGAUUUUGACUGGCAUAAAGAAAAAGCAGAUCAAUUAGUGGAAAGAUGGCAAAAUGUUCAUGUUCAAAUUGACAACAGGUUAAGAGACUUAGAAGGCAUUGCCAAAUCUUUGAAGUACUACAGAGAUACCUAUCACCCUUUAGAUGAUUGGAUCCAGCAAGUUGAAACUACUCAGAGAAAGAUCCAGGAGAAUCAACCUGAAAAUAGUAAAACCCUUGCCACACAGCUGAAUCAGCAGAAGAUGCUGGUGUCUGAAAUAGAAAUGAAACAGAACAAAAUGGAUGAAUGUCAAAAAUAUGCAGAACAAUACUCGACUACAGUAAAGGACUAUGAAUUGCAAACAAUGACUUAUCGAGCCAUGGUCGAUUCACAACAAAAAUCUCCAGUGAAGCGCCGAAGAAUGCCGAGCUCAGCAGAUCUCAUUAUUCAAGAGUUCAUGGACCUUAGGACCCGCUAUACUGCUCUGGUCACUCUCAUGACACAAUAUAUUAAAUUUGCUGGUGAUUCAUUAAAGAGGUUGGAGGAAGAAGAGAAGUCACUGGAUGAGGAAAAGAAAGAGCAUGUUGGAAAAGCCAGAGAACUGCAGAAUUGGGUAUCAAAUAUCAGCAAGCCUUUGAGAGAUGGAGAGAAGGCUGAGAAAUCUCUCUUCUCUAAGCAAAAGAUUACCAGUGAAGAAAUCACAAUAAAGAAGGAACAGUUAUCAGAAGCACUUCAAGCCUUGCAGCUGUUUCUGGCUAAACACGGUGACAGAAUGACAGAUGAAGAAAGAAAUGAACUGGAAAACCAAAUGACAGCUCUUCAAGAAGGCUAUAAUUUAUUAUUUAGUGGCUCUCUGAAACAACUACAAGAAGCCAAGACCUCAGGGGAGGAAAAGGGAGAUGAGCAGCUGGAUAAAGUGAUUGCAGGUACCAUUGAUCAGACAACCGGAGAAGUCCUUUCGGUCUUUCAGGCAGUUUUAAGAGGCCUCAUUGAUUACGAAACAGGACUCAGGUUGCUUGAGACGCAGCUAAUGAUUUCUGGUCUAAUAUCGCCAGAAUUAAGAAAGUGCUUUGACCUCAAAGAUGCCAAAAAUCAUGGCCUGAUUGAUGAACAAAUUCUGUGCCAACUCCAAGAACUAAGUAAAGCUAAGGAGCUCAUUGCUGCUGCGUCCUCUAGCACAAUUCCACUGCUGGACGCUCUGGCUCAAGGUGUGCUAUCUGAGACCAUGGCCAUCCGAGUGCUUGAGAUCCUGCUUUCCACGGGCUUCCUGGUGAUUCCAGCCACGGGAGAACAGUUGACCCUACAGAAGGCUUUCCACCAGAACCUGAUUUCCUCGGCAUUGUAUUCUAGGGUUCUGGAAAGGCAAACCAUGUGCAAAGCUCUGAUUGACCCCUGCACUUCGGAGAAGGUGUCUCUAAGGGAUAUGGUUCAAAGAAGUGUCCUCCAGGAAAACACGGGGAUGCGGCUUCUGCCUGUGCGACCACAAGAAGGCGGCCGGAUAACAUUGAAAUGCGGAAGAAAUAUAAGCAUUUUAAGGGCAUCUCAUGAAGGCCUCGUGGACCGGGAAACCAUGUUUAGGUUAUUAGGCGCCCAGCUUCUCUCCGGAGGGCUGAUUGAUUGUGACUCUGGUCAAAGAUUGACUGUUGAAGAAGCUAGGGUAGAAGGAGUGAUCGAUAGAGAUACGGCCAACAGCAUUCUCACGUACCAGGCUCAAACAGGUGGGAUCAUUCACUCACAGCCUGCAAGACGUCUGACUGUAGAUGAAGCUGUCCAGUGUGACUUAAUCACUUCCAGCAGUGCUCUUUUGAUCAUCGAGGCUCAGCGGGGCUACGUGGGGCUCAUUUGGCCCCACUCUGGUGAAAUCUUUCCCACUUCUUCCUCCUUACAGCAGGACUUAAUCACAAAUGAACUGGCAUACAAAAUCCUGAAUGGCAGGCAGAAGAUCGCUGCCCUUUAUAUUCCGGAAACUUCGCAAGUCAUUGGUCUGGAUGUUGCUGAAGGCCUAGGGAUUAUAGAUAAUAGCACCGCAUCGAUUUUAAAAAGUAUAACACUGCCUGAUAAAAUGCCAGACUUGCAAGAUUUAGGAGCUUCUUGUAAAAAUGCCAAAAGAUGGCUCACCUUUUGUAAAUGCCAACCCUCUAGAGACCAGGAUUACAACCAGGAAGAGGAGGUUUGCGAUGGAGAAGAGCCAGUGGCAACUCAGAACUCAGAACAAACGAAACAGCACUUCCUGUAUUACUUGAUGAUAAAUAGUUACAUGGAUGCAAACACAGGGCAGAGGCUUUUGAUGUAUGAUGGGGACUUGGAUGAGGCUAUUGGGAUGUUACUGGAAGGGUGUGGUGCAGAAUUUAAUAAGGAAGCGCUCACAAAAGAAUAUCUUGAUUUAAAUUCCUCUAGUAUAUUUCUUAACAAUGCUCCCAGUCAAGAAGAUAAAGAAAAGGAUGAAAGUACAGCCUUACCAAAUGGUUUUGAUCAAUGUCACCACAAAAAAUCUGAACACGGAGAGACUAAUGAAAAUAAAAAAUAUGGCGUCGAUGAUGUACUUCAUGAAGUGGAAAAUAAUGCUACAUUUUAUCAGUCCGGAAGCCUGGCAAAUGUACUAACAAUUGAUCAUAAUGUUAACAGUUCAUCUAGUGUGUGUGUCCCGAAUGCCACAUCAUAUUUAACACAGCCUGAAUUUGCAGAAGUUAGCUUGCCGAGACGUAACUCUGGAGACAUACAUAAAAACUGUGAAACUCAGUGUCAAGUUGAAGCAAGUGAGCACAUAGAUGGAUGUAGUCCAUAUAAAAACAGCCCAAACUUUGCAAGUGAUUUGCGAACCAAUGCUAGUGGGAAAUCCAACAGCAGUAGGUCGCGUGAUCACAAUGACACCAGGACAGAAGGUAACAGAAACAAGGAUUCAACUUCCUUUGACUAUUCACCUAGACUAAGUGCCCUCUUAAGUCAUGAUAAAUCGAGAAACAAUCAGGAAACUUUUAAGAACAUUUGCACCCCAAAGAGCAAUGGAACUGAACACUGGACAUUGCCCUGCAAUGACCAAACCGUGUUACUGGGUCAAAAAAUGGGAGCAGGAUGCCAAGAUCAGUAUCUGGGAAUUGCAGGUAUUAACAUCAGUUUACAAGGAGAGCAGCCUGGGCAGGCAUCAGUAAAUGAGGACUGUCAGAGUUCUCAGGUCCAACUUCGGAGUGCUCAGAGCACUGCAGAUACUUCUGGUGAGGGUGACAACAUGGGUGCUGCUUUUCCGUGGAAACAGGAAGACAAACAAAAUGAGUCUGAAAUGGGAGAGCACCCUUGUGCCAUGACUCCAUGGGAGGCUGGGCAGCCCUGGGGUGGGGCCAGUGCAGCCCGUGCUUGUGGCAGACCAUUGCUUGAAGAAGCCGCAGGGGCCGGUGACUAUGAAACGUCCCUGCUGGACGAGCAGGAGCGUGACACAGAAACCGACACUGAGAGCGAUGAUGAUUUUUAUGACACUCCCUUGUUUGAAGAUGAUGACCAUGAUUCUCUGCUUCUUGAGGGUAAUGACCGUGAUUGUCUGCAACCCGAGGACUAUGACACACUGCAAGAGGGGAAUGACGUGAUUGAGCCUCUUGGAGAUGUUUUCUAUGAGUUCACAACCGACGGAAAUUCUGAGUUUACCCAGGUGGGAUUGCUUGCUAACGUAAAUGUGAGGGAAGAACCACGGCCUCUCCAAGCUGUAUUAGAUUCUGGGGAACAGGUACAUUUGAAUUCAAUUGGCUCAGACAAGGUAAAUGGACAGUUGCUGAGAAGUCUAUCAAAAAGCACAAAUAAUCUUGAAGAUGAUAAGUCUGACUCGUGGAUUAGUAAUGAAAGUGUAGAAGAAUCAGAGCGGUUCGGUGCUUCAUUAAAAUUGGAUGACGCUGGCAGUUGGAGAGGAAGAAAAGAAUGUGACACUGGGAAAGAAUAUAAAUCAGAUGCUGGUCAUUUCGAUUCUACAGAAAGUGAAGAAAGUUACAGGCAUUAUGACCAGGAGGAUGAUUGGGACAAUGAUGAUGAAGAUGAUGUAAAAGAAGGAGGAGAUGUAGAUGAAUACAAAAAUCCUCCCGGCCAAGAUGCAGUUGGAAGUAUCUGGUCGUGUGCUACCAGAAAUGAGAAAGAAAACCGUGAUGAGACUCAAAGUAUCAACAAAACGAUCUUCCUGGAUAAAAUGCACAAUGACAGUUCCUUAGAGAGACAGCAAAGUGUAAAUGUUUUACAGGUAGAAUCAACUGGUCAAAGUAGUGUAGUUACUGAAAGAAAUACCCAUCCAGAAGAGACAGCUGUUGUUGGCAAAAACAAGGAUGGUCUAUUACCUCAUGAGAUGGUACUUAAACAUACAUUGUUGCCUACCAUUAAAGACCCUGGAUCAAGAAAAAUCUCUGGCCCUGAGGACACAUUACAAAAUACGAUUGUCCUUUCAGCUUCUGAUUUAGAUAAUGAUCCAAUGAGCACAACGUUUACAUUGAUUCAAGAACCAGCAUCCGUGGAAUAUGUCAGAGGCAAAGGUCAGUAUCUUGAGGAUGUGACACCUGAAGUUGACUCAUCUUUUAAGAAAGCUAUUUAUUCUGAGCCGGAUUUAAUAGAAAGACCAGCUGAGGAAAGCUGUUUGUCACCUGAAGCAUCUUUAAAGGGCAGAGGUCACCAAAGAAAGGGAAGAGAUGGAAAUGGAGCAUCCGUUCAGAACAUGUGCUCAGAUAAAGGAGAAGAGCUUAUGGGAAGUGUAAUAGAAGAGGAUACAUACCUCAAACUUGUAUCUAAUAAAGGUGCAAAGGAAGAUAUUGAUUUAGUUGGUAGUCAGUUUCCAUUUCUGCCGAUCACCGGCAACGAAGAACAUCAUAAGGAAGGGACCCUUCACAAAAUGAGUGUAACUCUUGAAAAUGAACCAAAGACCUUGCAAACAGUGGUCAGUAAAAGUCCUGUUCAAUUUGAGAAUCUUGGAGAAAUAUUUAACACAUCAGCUUCCAAAGUAAUCAGUGGCUCUACUAUUUUGUCCAAAGGGAAUACAAAUAUUAAGAAAGAAUCAUUUUCUGAGCAAGCUGAUAGAGAGCCUGUUCCGUUUACUUCUUUAAAACAUUGUACUCUGAGUGUAAAAGGAAAAGAUGUCCUGAAACCAAACAAAGAUGUAGCAGGCGGGCUGAAUGUCUCUCCACAUCCUGGAUUGAAUUCAGAGAGUCCUACAUGUGGUUUAAUCGAUGUCCCUCCCAUGAAGGAACAUUUAGAACUAGGAAUCAAGAGUGCAAAAGAAACGGCAACUCUUGUCCAAAAUAAUGACCUUUGCUCUGAAGGAACUGCCUCAGUGGGAGAAACAGAAAUGCCUCCGUUCACACCUGAAAUUAAUGCAUCCUCACUUUCAGUCUUACCCCUUAGAAAUGUGGAGGACCCUGGGGAAAAUACUGCUUUGGUGCAAGUAGAACUCUGCAUAAAUGGAGUACAAAAUAGCUCAAGUAACACUUCAGGCACUGAUGAAACGGAAAUCCUAAAAGAAACAACUGAGCAACAACCACCAACAGAACAAGCCUUGUCUCCAGGAGGCCAAGAUAGGGAUGUCCAGAUACCUGAAUUAUCACAGGUAUUGGUUGAGGACCUAAAGGAAAUCUUCAAAAGCAUGGCGAAAGAAGGUCAUGUUAAUCCUCAAGAGGUCAGAGAACCUUCAGCCUGUAUAGAUGCUAAAGUGUUCAUUCAAAACAUAAUUAGAAAGGUUGACACAUCAAAAUUGGGAAACGAGGGACCAACUCUAUCCAGUGGUUCUGAAAACACUGACUCUCCUGGCGCUCCUCUCUUGAGGAAUGUGCCAGAACUCAAAGCAGAAGGUAGGGAAGAUCCUUUCUGUAUCACAAAUCUAAAGGCUGACCUUCUCUUUGAUAUAUUAAGGCAACAUCAGUAUAGCCAAGAAAUCGCAGGAGUAUUUGAAUUGAUGAAAGAAUUAACUCAGUUGGAAUAUGAUCUAGAGAAAAGAGGUAUCACAUCCAAAGUACUCCCAUUGCAACUUGAAAGUAUUUUCUGCAGACUGCUCAGAGAUGGAUAUUCACAGAAAUUAGAAGAGGCCGGAGACGGCGAUAAAAAAUCAUCUGCUGUGGCGUCUGAGUUAGUGGAUGCAAAGCCACGCGUACUUGGAGACCUUAAAAGCAACGAGGAAGGCUACUGUCCUACCUUGGAGGACCUUAAAGAAACGGGCCUCCAACAAUCUCCGCCUCGGGCAUCAGUAUUGCCAAGAGAUGCACAACUCGAGUGUUGCUAUGAUUCCCUGGAUAACUUGGAUUGUGUUUCAGGGUCAACAGAAUCGACCCUUGGAGAUAACUCAGCAGAACAAUUUUCCAGGGAGUCACAGCAGUGUGUACAGCACACUGAAAAAAUGCUUGAGUAUUUGGCUUUGCUUCAAGAUAUGAAACCUCCACUAUUCACCCAGGAACCUCUGGAUAACAAUCUAGAAGCUUUGAAAAACCAAAUCAAACAGUUAGAGACAUUUGAAUUGGGCUUGGCUCCAAUUGCUGUUAUUUUAAGAAGAGACAUGAAGCUGGCAGAAGAGUUCCUGAAGUCUCUCCCGAGCGGCUUUCCCAGAGGGCAGCUUGAGGAACUGAGCGCCAGCCACAGGCGUUUGCAGGCCGCCUUCUUCUCCCUCAAUGACAUGGCUUCAGAGAGAAUGAGACAGCUUGUGCUUGCGAUGGACGCUGAAACGUCUAAACUGGCCAUUUGCCAUGAAGAAUUUCUGCAUAAGCUGACGUCUUUUUCCAAUUGGAUAUCAGAGAAGAGCAACUCUGUGAAGGAUAUUGAGGUCAUGGAUGUUGGAGAUAUUGAACUACAGACAAGUUUGGAGUUUCUCAAGAAUGUGUUAAAAGACCUUGGACGUACCAGAGUGCAGCUGGAGACCACUGCCUUUGACGUGCAGUUCUUCAUUUCCGAAUGUGCACAAGAUCUGUCUCCCAGCCAAAGCAGACAACUGCUCAGACUCUUAAACACAACUCAGAAGUGUUUUCUUGAUGCACAGGAGUCAGUUACUGCCCAGGUGCAACGUUUAGAGGCUCAGUUACAGCUCGAGCAAGAGCUUGAUGAUCAGAAGAUUGUGGCGGAAUGUCAGCAAGAGUACAAAGCCAAACUUCAAGGACUCAGUGAUCUCCUCACCCAAACGGAAAACCGCCUGAUUGGCCACCAAGAAGCUUUCGUGAUUGGAGAUGGCACGGUGGAAUUAAAGAAGUACCAGUCCAAGCAAGAGGAAUUACAGAAAGCUAUUCAAGGAAGUGCACAGGCCCUGGGAGAAAUAGUGAGAAACACAGAGAACUUCUUGAAGGAGAAUGGGGAUAAGCUGUCACCCAAGGAAAAGGCUUUAAUUGAACAGAAACUUAAUGAAGCAAAAAUGAAGCGUGAGCAGCUUGAUGCAAAGGCAGAAGAGUCGAAAAAGGAGCUGGAUAAAGUUGUGAAGACUGCAAUCAAGGAAGAAACAGAGAAGGUUGCCGCGGUGAAGCAGCUGGAAGAGAGCAAAAGCAAAAUAGAAGACCUUUUGGACUGGCUGUCACAUGUUGACAAAGACCCAGGGAGGGCAGGGCCUGAACGGAAACAGGUCAUUGAACAGAAUGGGACCCACUUUGAAGAAGGUGAAGGCAAGUCAGUGAUUGGAGAGGAGGAUGAAGUCAAUGGGAACCUUGUGGAAACAGAUGCUGAUGGGCACUUGGGAACCACAGAGGAGAACUUGAACCAGCAGUACCAGAAAGUUAAGGCCCAACACGAGGAGAUCAUCUCUCAGCACCAAGCAGUCAUCAUAGCCACUCAAUCUGCACAAGCCUUGCUUGAGAAACAGGGUCACCAUCUCUCUCCCGAGGAGAAGGAAAAACUGCAAAAGAACAUGAGGGAACUGAAAGUGCAUUAUGAAGCCGCGCUGACUGAGUCCGAGAAGACCGUGAAGCUAGCACACUGUCUGCAGGAAGAACUGGAGAAGUUCGAUGCUGAUUACAGGGAGUUUGAGCUCUGGCUGCGGCAGUCGGAACAGGAACUCCAGAACUUGGAGGCGGGGGCAGAUGACUUAAGCGGCCUCAUGACCAAACUGAAGCGGCAGAAGAGCUUCUCUGAAGACGUCAUCUCUCACAAAGGGGACUUGCGGUACAUCACCAUCUCUGGGAACAGAGUGGUAGAGGCUGCCAAAUCUUGCAGCCAGAGAAAGGGUGGCACGGUUGACAAGGAUACCAUCGACACUUCUGCAACCCACAAAGAGGUACAGAGCAAACUGGACCAUGCUACUGAUCGGUUCCGAUCGCUCUACUCCAAGUGCAACAUACUGGGGAAUAACCUUAAGGACCUGGUGGAUAAAUAUCAACACUACGAAGAUGCGUCCUGUGGACUUCUGUCUGUACUCCAGGCCUGUGAGGCCACUGCGAGCAAACACUUAUCUGAACCCAUCGCUGUGGACCCCCAAAAUCUCCAAAGGCAAUUAGAGGAGACCAAGGCUCUGCAAGGUCAGAUAUCAAGUCAGCAAGUUACUGUUGAGAAAUUGAAAAAAACUGCUGAAGUGCUUUUAGAUGCCAGAGGAUCGUUACUGCCUGCUCAGAGUGACACCCAGAAGACCCUGGAUGACAUUGUUGGGAGAUACGACGAUCUCUCCAAGUCUAUUACUGAGCGGAAUGAAAAACUGCAGAUAACCCUGACCCGCUCGCUGAGCGUGCAGGACGGCUUGGAUGAAAUGUUCGACUGGAUGGCAGCCGUGGAGAGUUCUCUGAAAGAACAAGGUCAAGUGCCCUUAAACUCUGCUGCUCUUCAGGAUCUCAUCAGUAAGAGUAUUAUGUUGGAACAGGAUAUUGCUGGCCGCCAGAGCAGUGUAAAUGCUAUGAAUGAAAAAGUGAAGAAAUUCAUGGAAACGACAGACCCAUCCACUGCAUCCUCACUACAGGCCAAAAUGAAGGACUUGUCCGCUAGGUUUUCAGAAGCGAGUCAGAAACACAAAGAAAAACUUGCCACAAUGGAAGAGCUAAAAGCCAAGGUUGAACUGUUUGAGAACCUCUCAGAAAAGCUCCAAGCGUUUUUAGAAAUGAAAUCUCUGGCUCUUACUGAGACAGACGUGCCAGGAAAAGAUGUUACUGAAUUGUUUCAGCAUAUGCAGGAAUCAACUUCUGAAUUUUUACAACACAAGAAAGAUCUUGAAGUUUUGCAAAAUCUCCUGAAAGAGAUUUCCAGUCAUGGCUUACCAGGGGAUAAAGCUCUGGUUUUUGAAAAAACAAAUAAUCUGUCAAAGCAAUUCAAGGAAAUGGAAGAUACCAUCAAAGAUAAAAAAGAAGCCGUGUCUUCUUGUCAAGAACAGAUGGAAGCUUUCCAAGUCCUUGUGAAAUCGUUAAAGUCAUGGAUUAAAGAAACAACAGAGAGUGUUCCCAUUGCGCAGCCUUCUUUCGGCGCAGAAGAUUUAAGAAAAUCACUGGAAGAAACUAAGAAAUUACAAGAAAAGUGGAACUUAAAGACACCAGAGAUUCAGAAAGUAAGCAACAGUGGGAUCGCACUAUGUAACCUAAUAAGUGCCGUGACUGCUCCUGCGAAAGCGAUGACAGCAGUUAAAUCAGGUAGUGCAAUAUUAAAUGGUGAAGGAACAGCUGCAGAUACGCAGGAAUUUCUGGCAAAUAAAGGAGUAACAUCUAUCAAAAAGGAUAUGAGUGACAUUAGUCAAGGCUAUGAAGAUCUGGGCCUCUUACUCAAGGACAAACUAGCGGAAUUGAACACGAAGCUUUCCAAGCUACAGAAGGCUCAGGACGAGUCGGCUGCAAUGAUGCAAUGGCUACAGAAAAUGAACAAAACUGCGAAAACAUGGCAUCAGACACCUGCACCCUCAGAUCGUGAGGUUGUGAAGUUGCAAGUCGAACAAAAUAAGUCAUUUGAGGCGGAACUGAAGCAAAAUGUAAAUAAAGUGCAAGAGUUGAAAGACAAAUUGACAGAGCUGUUGGAGGAAAACCCAGAGACUCCUGAGGCCCCCAAAUGGAAACAGAUGUUGGCAGAAAUAGAUUCUAAAUGGCAAGAACUCAAUCAAUUAACAGUUGAUAGGCAACAAAAGCUGGAAGAAUCCUCCAAUAAUUUAACCCAAUUCCAGACUGUAGAGGCCCAGUUAAAGCAGUGGCUGUUGGAAAAAGAACUGAUGGUUAGUGUUCUCGGGCCCUUGUCAAUUGACCCAAAUAUGCUAAGCACACAACGGCAACAAGUAGAGAUUCUACUGCAAGAAUUUGAUACCCGGAAGCCUCAAUAUGAACAGCUCACAGCAACUGGCCAGGGCAUUCUGAGCCGACCUGGUGAACAUGCCUCUUUGCAUGGGAUUGUGAAAGAGCAACUAGCCACUGUGACCCAAAAAUGGGAGAGCCUAACCAGACAAUUGAGUGACAGAUGUGACUGGAUCGACCAAGCCAUUGUUAAAAGCACACAGUACCAGAGCCUGCUGAGAAGCCUUUCCAAUAAACUGAGCGACUUAGACAGUAAACUCAGCACUUGCCUGGCUGUGAGCACACAUCCCGAUGCCAUGAACCAACAGCUGGAAGCAGCCCAAAAAAUGAAGCAGGAAGUAGAGCAGGAGGGGAAGCAGCUAAAGGUGGCCCAGGCCCUCUGUGAGGAUUUGUCAGCCCUGGUUAAAGAAGAAUACUUGAAAGCAGAACUUAGUAGGCAACUAGAAGGUGUCUUAAAACCAUUUAAGGAUAUUGAACAAAAAGCAGAGAAUCAUGUCCAACACCUUCAGGCAGCCUGUGCCAGCUCUCAUCAGUUUCAGCAAAUGUCUAAAGAUUUCCAGGCGUGGCUGCAUACAAAGAAAGAAGAGCACACGAAGUCUCACCCGAUAUCAGCCAAACUUGACACCCUGGAGUCAUUGCUUCAGGAUCAGAAAGACUUUAGUAAAGCUUUGACACUGCAGUCUGAUGCCUACCAAAAAACCAUCACCGAAGGUGGAAAUCUGCUCUUAAAAACUCAAGGGUCUGAGAAGGCAGCCUUACAGUUACAGCUUAACACUAUCAAAGCUGAUUGGGAUGGCUUUAACAAACAGGUGAAAGAAAGAGAGCACAAACUGAAAGAUUGUUUGGAAAAAGCCCGCAAGUAUAAAGAGUAUGUGGAGGCGCUCAGUCCAUGGGUAGAAACCUGCCAAAGGAACCUGGAGGAAAUCAAGUGCUGCUGGGAUCCCGCUGAAACAGAGAAGUCUAUUGCCAAACUGAAGUCUCUACAGAAAGAAAUGGACCAACACUUUGGGAUGGUGGAAUUAUUAAACAACGCAGCCAACAGCUUGCUCAGUGCCUGUGAGGUAGAUAAGGAGGCCAUUGCAGAUGACAAUAAAUCACUGAUGCAGAAGGUAGACAUGGUGACUGAGCAACUUCACAGCAAGAAGCUAUCUCUGGAGAACAUGGCCCAGAAGUUCAAAGAAUUUCAAGACCUCUCCAGAGAAGCCAAAAGGCAACUUCAGUGUGCAAAGGAACAGCUGGAUGUCCAUGAUUCCCUGGGACCUCAGGCUUGCAGCAACAAAUACUUAACUCUGCUACAGACUCAGCAAAAAUCACUGCAGACCGUGAAGCAGCAGGUAGAUUUGGCCAAAAGGCUUGCACAGGACCUUGUGGCCGGAGUCCCAGACUCAAAAGGCACCUCGGAUAUCUUAUUACAAGCAGAAUCUUUAGAUCAAGAACACAGCGCCCUAAGCCAGCAAGUGCAUGAAAAGUGUUCCUUCUUAGAAACCAAGCUGCAGGGCAUUGGGCAUUUCCAGAAUACCAUCCGAGAAAUGUUUUCCCAGUUUGCAGAGUGUGAUGAUGAACUAGAUAGUAUGGCUCCCGUGGGGAGAGAUGCAGAAACAUUGCAAGAGCAAAAAGAGACCAUCAAGGCCUUUUUGAAGAAACUGGAAGCCCUCAUAGCAAGCAAUGCCAACGCCAAUAAAACCUGCAAGAUGAUGCUGACCACAGAGGAAGCCUCUCCCGACCUUGUUGGAAUCAAAAGGGACUUGGAGGCUCUGAGCAAACAAUGCAACAAGUUACUAGACCGAGCUCAAGCCAGAGAGGAGCAAGUCGAAGGGACCAUCAAGCGUCUUGAAGAAUUCUACAGCAAAUUGAAAGAAUUUUCUACUCUGCUUCAGAAAGCCGAAGAGCGCGAAGAAUCACAAGGGUCCGUUGGCAUGGAAACUGAGACAAUUAACCAACAGCUCAAUGUCUUCAAGGUAUUCCAGAAAGAAGAGAUUGAACCCUUGCAGGCUAAGCAGCAAGAUGUAAACUGGUUAGGCCAGGGCCUUAUUCAGAGUGCUGCAAAAAGCACCAGCACUCAGGGUUUGGAGCAUGACCUCGAUGAGGCCAACACCCGGUGGAAGACUCUUAACAAGAAGGUGGCCCAGCGAGCGGCCCAGCUGCAGGAGGCCCUGCUGCACUGUGGGAGGUUCCAGGAUGCCCUGGAGUCCCUGCUCAGCUGGAUGGCAGACACCGAGGAGCUGGUGGCCAAUCAGAAACCCCCAUCAGCCGAGUUCAAAGUGGUGAAGGCCCAGAUACAAGAGCAAAAGCUUCUCCAAAGACUCUUGGAUGACCGCAAAUCUACCGUGGAGGUCAUCAAACGCGAAGGAGAGAAAAUCGCCACAACAGCAGAACCCACCGACCAAGUGAAGAUUUUGAAACAGCUGAGCCUCUUGGAUAGUAGAUGGGAAGCCCUGCUUAACAAAGCAGAAACCAGGACUCGUCAGCUGGAAGGCAUCUCAGUGGUUGCCCAGCAAUUUCAUGAAACCUUAGAACCGCUGAAUGAAUGGCUCACCACCAUAGAGAAGAGACUUGCGAACUGUGAACCCAUAGGAACCCAGUCUUUUAAACUUGAGGAACAAAUUGCACAGCACAAAGCUUUAGAAGACGACAUCAACCAUCGCAGUAAACACUUGCACCAGGCAGUUAGCAUUGGCCAGUCUUUAAAGGUCUUGAGCUCCAGGGAGGAUAAAGAUAUGGUACAGAGUAAAUUAGACUCUUCUCAAGUGUGGUACAUUGAGAUUCAAGAGAAAAGUCACAGCAGGUCUGAGCUCCUCCAGCAGGCCUUAUGUAAUGCUAAGAUUUUUGGGGAAGAUGAAGUUGAGCUGAUGAACUGGCUGAAUGAAGUGCACGACAAACUAAGCAAGCUGUCAGUCCAGGAUUACAGCACUGAGGGGCUGUGGAAGCAGCAGUCUGAACUGCGGGUUCUGCAAGAGGACAUUGUACUCAGGAAACAAAAUGUAGAUCAGGCAUUGCUGAAUGGUUUAGAACUACUUAAACAAACCACAGGUGAUGAAGUGUUAAUAAUUCAAGAUAAGUUGGAAGCCAUUAAAGCAAGGUACAAAGACAUUGUCAAACUGAGCGCUGAUGUGGCCACGACUCUGGAGCAGGCGCUACAGCUGGCCAGGCGACUGCACUCCACGCACACAGAGCUCUCUGCAUGGCUGGACAACGUGGAGGUGGAAUUACUUUCGUUUGAGACUCAGGUUCCGAAGGGCGAAGUCAUGAGCCAAGCACAAGCGCAAGCCAGGCAAAAAGAGCUGAAGAAGGAAGUUAAGAACAACAAGGCCUUCUUGGACUCCCUUAAUGAAGUAAGCAGUGCUUUACUAGAACUGGUGCCAUGGAGGGCCAGAGAAGGACUGGGCAAAAUGGUGGCCGAGGACAAUGACCGCUACCGCCUAGUCAGUGACACCAUCACGCAGAAGGUGGGGGAGAUCGAUGCUGCCCUUCUGAGAUCACAGCAGUUUGACCAAGCCGCGGAUGCUGAGUUGUCCUGGAUUUCUGAAACAAAAAAGAAGUUGAUGUCUUUGGGUGACAUCAGGCUGGAGCAAGACCAGACCUCUGCUCAGCUGCAGGUUCAAAAGGCAUUCACCAUGGAAAUUUUGAAACACAAGGAUAUUAUUGAUGAACUUGUUAAAUCUGGGGAUAGAAUCACGGCCACAUGCAGCGAAGAGGAGAAGCAAUCAAAGAAGAAAAAACUAGACAAGGUAUUGAGGAACUAUGAUGCCAUCUGUCAGAUAAACUCAGAGAGGUACCUACAGCUAGAACGGGCACAGUCUCUGGUUAACCAGUUCUGGGAAACAUAUGAAGAACUUUGGCCAUGGCUGACAGAAACACAAAGAAUUAUCUCUCAACUUCCCGCGCCAGCUCUUGAGUAUGAAACUCUAAGACAACAGCAGGAAGAACAUCGGCAACUGCGAGAGUUGAUAGCUGAGCACAAGCCUCAUAUAGAUAAGAUGAACAAAACUGGGCCGCAGUUACUGGAAUUGAGCCUAGAGGAAGGCUUUUCUAUCCAAGAGAAGUAUGUGGCAGCGGACACGCUUUACAGUCAAAUCAAAGAAGAUGUCAAAAAGAGAGCUGUGGCCUUGGACGAAGCGAUUUCUCAGUCUGCUCAGUUCCACGACAAGAUAGACCAGAUCCUUGAAAGCCUGGAGCGCAUUGUGGAGCGUUUGAAGCAACCACCGUCUAUCUCUGCUGAGGUGGAGAAGAUUAAAGAGCAGAUCAGUGAGAAUAAGAACGUGUCCGUCGACAUGGAGAAGCUACAGCCACUGUACGAAACCCUUAAAAAGAGAGGAGAAGAAAUGAUUGCUCGGUCUGGGGGCACUGAGAAAGACAUAUCUGCCAAAGCUGUUCAAGAUAAGCUUGACCAGAUGGUUUCCAUAUGGGAGAACAUACACACUCUGGUGGAAGAAAGGGAGGCUAAACUACUGGAUGUAAUGGAACUAGCAGAGAAGUUUUGGUGUGAUCACAUGUCAUUGGUGGUUACCACUAAAGAUACUCAAGAUUUCAUCCGUGACCUAGAGAAUCCUGGGAUUGAUCCCUCUGUAGUAAAGCAGCAGCAGGAAGCAGCAGAGUCCCUAAGAGAGGAGAUAGAAGGACUGCAGGAAGAGCUGGAGAUGGUUAUUAACCUGGGCUCGGAGCUCAUCUCCGCGUGCGGGGAGCCUGACAAACCCAUAGUCAAGAAGAGCAUGGAUGAGUUACAUUCAGCCUGGGAUUCUCUAAAUAAAGCUUGGAGAGACCGGGUUGAUAAACUUGAUGAAGCCAUGCAGGCUGCCGUUCAUUAUCAGGAUGGACUACAGACACUGUUUGACUGGGUAGAUAUUGCAGGGAGUAAGUUGGCUUCGAUGUCCCCAAUCGGAACAGAUCUUGAAACGGUCAAGCAGCAGAUUGCAGAGCUAAAGCAAUUUAAGUCAGAGGCCUAUCAACAGCAGAUAGAAAUGGAACGACUGAACCAUCAAGCCGAGCUUUUGCUGAAGAAAGUGACAGAAGAGAUUGACAAACAUACUGUUCAGGACCCAUUAAUGGAGCUGAAAUUGAUAUGGGAUAGCUUGGACGAGAGGAUUAUCAACAGACAGCAUAAACUGGAAGGGGCUCUCUUAGCACUGGGACAGUUCCAGCAUGCUCUGGAUGAGCUAUUGGCCUGGCUGACACACACUGAGGGCUUGCUGGGUGAACAGAAACCUGUUGGAGGAGACCCGAAGGCCAUCGAAAUUGAACUUGCCAAACAUCAUGUGCUCCAAAAUGAUGUAUUAGCUCAUCAAUCCACAGUGGAGGCCGUUAAUAAAGCAGGAAACGAUCUAAUUGAAUCGAGUGCAGGAGAAGAAGCAAGCAACCUUCAGAACAAGCUGGAGGUUUUAAAUCAGCGCUGGCAAAAUGUUUUGGAGCAAGCAGAACAAAGGAAGCAGCAUUUGGACAGUGCCUUGCGCCAGGCCAAAGGGUUCCAUGGUGAGAUUGAGGAACUGCAACAGUGGCUGACUGAUACAGAGCGUCAUCUGUUGGCAUCCAAGCCUCUAGGAGGGUUACCAGAAACAGCCAAGGAGCAGCUAAAUGCUCAUAUGGAACUGUGUGCUGCCUUUGCUAUUAAAGAAGAAACGUAUCGGAGUCUGAUGCAAAAAGGCCAGCAGAUGCUUGCAAGGUGCCCCAAGUCUGCAGAGACAAACAUUGACCAAGACAUACAUCACUUGAAAGAAAAAUGGGAAUUGGUGGAAGCCAAACUCAGUGAACGGAAAACUAAACUGGAAGAGGCCCUCAAUUUGGCAAUGGAGUUUCACAAUUCGCUCCAAGACUUCAUCAACUGGCUUACUCAGGCUGAACAGACACUGAAUGUAGCUUCUCGGCCAAGUCUUAUCUUAGACACGGUCUUGUUUCAGAUCGACGAGCACAAGGUCUUUGCCAACGAAGUCAAUUCCCACCGUGAGCAGAUAAUAGAGCUGGACAAAACUGGAACCCACCUGAAAUAUUUCAGUCAGAAGCAAGAUGUUGUCCUAAUAAAAAACCUGCUUAUCAGUGUACAGAGUCGAUGGGAAAAGGUGGUUCAGCGGUUAGUGGAAAGAGGAAGGUCUUUGGACGAUGCACGGAAGAGGGCUAAGCAGUUCCACGAAGCAUGGAGUAAACUUAUGGAGUGGCUAGAAGAGUCAGAAAAGUCUCUGGAUUCUGAACUGGAAAUUGCCAACGAUCCUGACAAAAUAAAAACCCAACUGACACAGCAUAAGGAGUUUCAGAAAUCACUUGGAGCCAAGCAUUCUGUCUAUGACACCACUCACCGGACUGGACGCUCCUUGAAGGAGAAAACCUCCCUGGCUGAUGACAACCUGAAACUAGAUGACAUGUUGAGUGAACUCAGAGAUAAAUGGGAUACGAUAUGUGGGAAAUCUGUGGAAAGACAAAACAAACUGGAAGAAGCCCUGUUAUUUUCUGGACAAUUCACCGAUGCCCUGCAGGCCCUCAUUGACUGGCUGUACAGAGUUGAACCCCAGCUGGCCGAAGAUCAGCCUGUCCAUGGAGACAUUGAUUUAGUGAUGAAUCUGAUCGAUAACCACAAGGUCUUCCAGAAGGAGUUGGGGAAGAGGACCAGCAGCGUGCAGGCCCUGAAGCGCUCUGCCCGAGAGCUCGUCGAGGGGAGUCGCGAUGACGCCUCGUGGGUCAAGGUCCAGAUGCAGGAGCUGAGCACCCGAUGGGAGACUGUGUGUGCACUGUCGGUAUCAAAGCAAACCCGCCUGGAAGCGGCUCUGAGCCAGGCAGAGGAAUUUCACUCGGUGGUGCAUGCCCUCCUGGAGUGGCUGGCUGAGGCGGAACAAACCCUCCGUUUCCAUGGUGUUCUCCCAGAUGAUGAAGAUGCUCUUCGGACGCUCAUCGAUCAGCAUAGAGAAUUCAUGAAGAAACUGGAAGCAAAAAGAGCCGAACUAAAUAAAGCCACCAGUAUGGGAGAUGCUGUUUUGGCCAUCUGCCACCCGGACUCCAUCACCACCAUUAAGCACUGGAUAACCAUCAUCCGGGCCAGGUUUGAGGAGGUGCUGGCCUGGGCGAAGCAGCAUCAGCAGAGAUUGGCAAGUGCACUGGCAGGACUGAUAGCUCAGCAGGAGCUGUUGGAAGCUCUGCUGGCUUGGCUGCAGUGGGCUGAAACCACACUAAGUGAGAAGGAUAAAGAAGUCAUCCCCCAGGAGAUUGAGGAGGUGAAAGCCCUCAUUGCAGAGCACCAGACCUUCAUGGAGGAAAUGACCCGGAAGCAGCCUGAUGUCGACAAAGUGACCAAGACCUAUAAGAGGAGGACAGCAGACCCUCCCUCUGUACAGUCCCAUAUUCCUGUCCUGGACAAGGGCCGCGCAGGAAGAAAACGCUUCCCAGCAUCCAACUUGUAUCCCUCUGGAGCCCAGACACAAAUAGAAACCAAGAACCCCAGGGCAAACCUCCUGGUGAGCAAGUGGCAGCAGGUGUGGCUGCUCGCGCUGGAAAGGAGACGGAAGCUCAACGAUGCUUUGGACAGACUGGAAGAGCUGAGGGAAUUUGCUAACUUUGACUUUGAUAUCUGGCGCAAAAAAUACAUGCGGUGGAUGAAUCACAAGAAGUCGCGAGUGAUGGACUUCUUCAGGAGGAUUGAUAAAGAUCAGGAUGGGAAAAUAACCCGGCAAGAGUUUAUUGACGGAAUUCUUUCCUCAAAGUUCCCCACCAGCCGCCUGGAGAUGAGUGCAGUUGCCGACAUCUUUGACAGAGAUGGCGACGGCUACAUCGACUACUAUGAAUUUGUAGCAGCCCUUCACCCGAACAAGGAUGCCUAUAAACCCGUCACUGACGCUGACAAAAUUGAAGACGAGGUGACACGGCAGGUGGCUAAGUGUAAAUGUGCAAAACGAUUUCAAGUGGAACAGAUUGGAGAUAACAAAUACAGGUUCUUCCUGGGAAAUCAGUUUGGGGACUCCCAGCAACUGCGGCUCGUGCGGAUCCUGCGGAGCACAGUGAUGGUUCGUGUUGGAGGUGGAUGGAUGGCACUGGAUGAGUUUUUAGUGAAAAAUGAUCCUUGCAGGGUUCAUCAUCAUGGGAGUAAAAUGUUACGUUCGGAAUCAAACUCUUCAAUUACUACUACUCAGCCUCCUAUAGCUAAAGGCAGGACCAACAUGGAACUGCGUGAGAAGUUCAUCCUAGCAGAUGGGGCCAGCCAGGGCAUGGCCGCUUUCCGACCCAGGGGCCGCAGGUCCCGGCCUUCAUCGAGAGGAGCUUCGCCCAACCGAUCCACUUCUAUGUCCAGUCACGCCGCUCAGGCGGCCUCCCCACAGGUCCCUGCCACCAACACGCCCAAGAUUCUCCAUCCUUUAACACGCAAUUAUGGUAAACCAUGGUUGACAAACAGCAAAAUGUCAACUCCCUGUAAGCCGGCAGAGUGCCCCGACUUCCCCGUGUCAUCUCCAGAGGGAACACCCAUACAAGGAAGCAAGCUCCGUCUUCCAGGAUAUUUGUCCGGGAAAGGCUUUCACUCCGGGGAUGACAGUGGCUUGAUCACAACGGCAGCUUCCAGAGUCCGGACACAGUUUGCCGAUUCCAGGAAGACCCCCAGCAGACCGGGGAGCCGAGCUGGCAGCAAAGCGGGCAGUAGGGCCAGCAGCCGCCGAGGCAGUGAUGCAUCAGACUUUGACAUUUCAGAGAUCCAGUCCGUGUGCUCAGACGUGGAGACUGUCCCGCAGACACACAGGCCUACGCCCCGAGCAGGUUCUCGGCCAUCCACAGCCAAGCCUUCCAAAAUCCCCACCCCCCAGAGGAAAUCGCCUGCCAGCAAAUUGGACAAGUCCUCAAAAAGAUAGUGCAAUUGGUUCCACGAAGGCCCUUCUCCUUGAGCAUUUAUUUAAGUUUGAAAGAUGUAAAAUAUGUAGAAAUUAUUGUGAAAUAUUGCAAGAGGUGAGCUUAAAAUACUGCAGAUGGCCUUAUUUGUGUAUUUGUCCUGUUCUUUUAUCUGUGUGAUUUCUGUUUGUUUUGUAAACUGUUCUGGGUCAGAGUCGUGUGAGGAGGAAGAAAGUUUGACAUGAACUAACAUUUCUGCAUGGCAGUGUGUGGGGCACACGCUAAAAUCAGUUAUGUACGUCCAGGUGAGUCUGCUUCCCUCUGUCAGCCUCGUCGCGGCACGAGUAGCUCGCGUGUGAGAGAUACCUCAUGACAUUUUCUUAUUUUUAUGAAAACUCUGAAAAGCCAAAACACAUACAAGCAGGGAUCUAUUUUGAGACUAUUUAAAUGCAAACUGAAAGAUGGGGAGGGCAGAAAGACAGACACAUCCACACAAAGUUUCAGAAACAGUACCUGCCUUGAGAACUCCCAGGAAGUUAGCAUUAAGUUAAGACUUGCCGUAGUCAGUUACCGUGCAGCGUGUCUGUGCCAUUGCUUUCCGUAAGACCAGAGGCAUCCUGGAGAUUAGACCCAUUAUACUGUAAGAAUAUAAUGAUAAAGUGCAUUCAUAUAAAUGUUGAGGUUUUCUUUUGCUUGAGUGGAGGCUAGCACCUGUAUCAUUGAAAUCAUUUUGUAUCAAAGCAGUUUUGCUUGCAGAAAGCUAUGAAAUAAAACAUGUCCUUAACUACAUUGCUAUGGAAUUAAUUUUUUCCCCCUAGGGAAAAAUCAGUGUAUUUUUUUAUGAGCAACAUCACUUUGGAGAGACCAAAAGAUACUUUAAAUGGGUUUAUUUUGAUUUCUCAUCUGAAAUAAUCAUGUUCUGGUAAUAUAUCUAUAUUUAAUAAAUAUAUAUACAUUUUAAUUUAUUAUGUAUACUCACAUAAUAUAGAAAGAUAUUAGUAUGCAUUUAAUAAAACAUAUUCACUUGAUGAA